CUGUCUGCUUGGAGCUUUGCUCUGAAAGCUCCAGAGUCUCCCCGAGAGGCGCGGGACGAUGGCGGACGCCAAGAUCUCCACGUACCUUCCCCCCAACGUCAACCCCACUCAGGCUGCCAUUGCCUACGGCUGCCGCGCGCUGCCCAAGCUGAACGAGGAGCUGCAGUCGGAUGACUUGCUGACGAGGCAGAAAGCCCUCAUGGCUCUGUGUGACCUCAUGCAUGACCCCGAGCACGUCUACACAGCCAUUAGCAUCGGCUGCCUGGAGAGCCUGAAAGCCUUGCUGAAGGACACCAACGACCUGGUGCGCAUCAAGACCACCGAGGUGCUGUGCGUCAUGGCUACCCACAACGUGGGCAGAGAGGGCUUUUUGGAGCACAAUGUCAUCCAAGCCCUGUCCUUCCUGCUGAGUGACCCCCAGCCAGCCUGCCGGGAGAACCUCUACACGGCUUUCAAGCACCUGGCCCAGGUGCCUGCAGGUAAGCUCGCCAUGGGCACAGAGGCAGCCCAGGGGCCCUUCCCCCGACGGGCACCUGCUGUGCGGAUCACAGUUUACAGCACGGGUCGGCGGCAAGCGGUGGGCAGCCUGGACGGAGAGAGGGGGGAGGGACAGGGCGCGUGGCGGGCGCCCCGGGAGGACCUUCUGGGGGCCCCGAGCGCCGGCCUGCGGGGCCGUGUCCCGGGGCGUGCCCUCGCUGGGGCCCGUGCCGGGGGGCUGAGCGGGCGAGGGCCGCUGUGUCUGGUACCCCUCCCGCGGCGGCCGGCAGGGGGCGCCGCAGGACCGGCCACCGCCGCGCGGCGGCUCCGCUUCGCGGGGCCCGAGUGA